CGCCAUCGCCAUACGAUCCAGUUUGAUCAAAACCCGCAGGUCCGCGUGAAGUAUAUUUUGUAAACGGGCCACUGAACCUGCAAAGCCAAAGUUGCCCAUCCCUGCUGAAUGCUGAUGUAUUCAAUGUGGUAAUGCGCGUUUGUAUAUUACAGAGGCAGUUGUUGAUCGUUCUGCGCUGUUGGAGACGUAUUUUUCAGCGGGUUUUCGAAGAAUCACCCCUUUCCCCGGGAGUGGUAUCCUUUCCUGAUCUCUGAUAUUCUAUACUCUAGUUUUCUAUUUUCAUGGUAGAUUUAGGCGCACUACAUGAAGGCUUACACUUGUUUGGGCGUGUGUCAUGCAUACAUGCAUUUGAUGUGCAUAUCGCAUGGGGCGAUCGUGGGUCAUGUAAUAAUGCUGGACGUGGAUAGUAGUUAAUAGUACAAGUAGAAAUCCUACUUAGCCUUGCUACAGAGCUGAUGCUACAUGCUGCUUACCUGCUCCAGUCUAGUACGUGUACCCACUAAAUAGGCCAAUUUGAUGCUCCUACAACAAUGCUGUGUUCGUGAUUACUGUUCAAUUCCUAGCUGAAUUAAUCAGGCAGUGAAUAUUGGACUGUGAAGCAGUCGGCAUCAUCCCAGAUAUGCGAUUACUUUUAUUUUUGUUCGGGGUUGGUAACCUAACAUGCACAGUGAAUGUUGUCUUGAGUCUUUGAAUUGUUAUCCAGCUGAUUUAGCUUUACUAGGAUGGUACAGGAGUGACAUCUCUGGCAAGGUGUAUAAGUUAACAGUUGGCUGCACAUUGUAUCAAUUUUUAAAAAGUGAAGAAACAAUUCCUACUUAUCUACCCUGUUUGCAAGAAGGUGCCAUGUAAUAGGAAGCCGAUCCAUUUAUAGGGCUUCUGCAGUUAAUUUUAUGUUUUUCAAAGUUUCUGACUGGUUAUUUUUGGCUGAAACCAAGAAAAAAAUGUUUUCUUAUGCUGCCGACCCUAUCUGGAAUUUUCUGCCCCCCCAAAAAUGAAAAACCUAUAAUCUUGAGACUUUCUAGGGCCAAACAAGUGAUGUUUUCUUGAUUCCACUACCGACUGACCCUCUCUCAAGGUAAAAAAAAAAUGAUCCAUUGGAUUAACUACAGAUGCCCUAAUGGAUUGACACACAUUUGCCAUUUGCUGAACCAUGAUUUUCAAAACGUUGCAUGCAUUUAGCCUUUACUUUUUGUCAGUUUUUAAUUUGUAUCUCCUUGGUACAUGUACUAGUUCAUCAGGCAUCAGACAGUCUGCAGUGCCAGGUUAAGACGGUUUUCAGUUUUCUCCUGAAUUGUUCCAAGAAUGGAGAAAUUUGCUCACUUCCGUUCCAUCAUGUUAUUGAUGUGCUCCGUGUGGGUCUCUGUUGGAACAGCACAGGAACCAGAGGAAUUUGAUUUGAGGCUUGUUAAUGGUUCCAGCGUUAUGGAGGGCCGAGUGGAGAUGUUCUACCAAGGCCAGUGGGGAACCAUUUGCCACAAUUCCUUUGGGAACAAGAACAAGGCACAGGUGGCUUGUCGUCAGCUGGGAUUCUCGUACGCAGAGUCAAUCAUGACAUUUGGAUCUGGAAUAGGGAACCUGGUUUUAUCUGAAGUAGCCUGCAAUGGCAACGAGAUGCGCAUCUCUGACUGUUACCUGGGCAAACUGGGCAAGGCCAGCUGUGACUAUGGCACAGCUUUUGGGGUUGUCUGCUCAAAUGUCGAGCCUGUUGUUCCAACCCCAUCAGUUGAAAAUGGUGCAUUACGACUUGUGGGUGGCCCUGACCCCUACCGAGGUCGUGUAGAAGUCUUCAUCGGUGAAGAGGGGCAGUGGGCCUCCAUCUGCUAUGGAAACUUUGACCUGAGCAUGGUCAACCCUCUCUGUGGGCAGCUGGACUACCGCCCCCCUACCUCAUAUGGGACAGGGCGUUAUGGUCCAGGGACGGGUCCCAUCGCCACCUGCCCGUUACGUUUUGACUUGCUGAUCCCAUCGUACUGUGAACUGACAAACACUUGCACCCACGACAUGGAUUUCUACAUAGACUGCGAUGCCACAGAAGGAGGUGAAGAAGGCGAGGUCCGCCUCGUCAAUGGCUCUGAGCCAACAGAAGGACGCGUUGAAAUAUAUGACAAGAAUGCUUGGAAGACGAUCUGUGCUGACGACCUUAACCUGAUAGCACAGCAGCUCGUGUGUUACAUUCUUGACUUGCCCUUCCCCUCCGUGGUGACCCCGGGGGGACUCUUUGGAGAAAGCUCCACCCACAACAUGUUGAGUGCUGUCAUCAACUGCACAUCCAGGGAGACCAUACACAUUAAAUUCUGUGCUCGGUUGCCGAGGACGACCCCUUGCGUUGGUGGCGAUGCCGCAGUGCAGUGUGGCAUGUGGAGUAACGCCACCGAGGGAGACAUGCGAGUCAGCGGUGGCCGUGAUGCCACACGGGGUCGCGUCGAGAUUUACCACAGCGGCCAGUGGGGCACAGUCUGCAGUCGGGGGUUCGAUGACAACGACGCCAACGUCAUCUGCCACCAGCUGGGUUUCCGUAACCAGCUUUAUUCCUACUCCAGCGAGGCGUACAAAUCCAGGGGCUUGCCGGUUUGGCUGACGGACCUGAAUUGUGAGGGCCGGGAGGAGCACAUUUCUGAGUGCGGCGCGGUGCUGGGGGAGCCAUUGGAUUGUCCCGAAGGUUCCCUGGGUGAGGUCAGGUGUGCGAAUCGACCCUUUGCCAAGACUUACGAAGCACGCCUCAGUGACGGACCCUACCCCAACCAAGGUCGCUUGGAGCUGCUCUACGACGGCGCUUGGGGCGCUGUCUGUGAUGAUGGCUGGGAUAUUAAGGACGUGGAGGUGGUGUGCAGGCAGCUGGGCUUCCCUUCAGCUGUGGCUGCUCUGAAUGGAUGGGAAACCACGAAGCUGUAUGGGUCAGGAGAUGGAGGGGUCCUCUUGAAGCAAGUGGGCUGCGAUGGCACUGAGGAGAACAUCGUCAAAUGCCGGCUGUCUUACCCAGUAGGAAACAGUUGUCUACGGGGUGCAGCUGGCGUUGUGUGCUUCAGUGACAACUACCCGAGUAAAGACCCUCGGAAUGCUGGUCCCGGUUUGUUAAGCUCUCAGACUGGCAGCAUCGUCCUUUGCAUCCUUUUGGUUUCCCAAAUGAUGCUCUCAAUUCUCAUUUAACUCCUUGGAAGAUUUGAGGCUUCAGAACCUAUUGGAUGUCCUGCCUACAAGUCAUGUUUAAAAUCAUUUGUUCACUGUGCCUUAGAUACACACUCACAGAAAUGGCCCGAGGGCAACUCUAUGGACUAGAGGUUAGUGUAACAAAGUGGAUGCUUCCUUCAUUCAAGCAUGGGUGUGUGCACCAGUCACAGCAAUAAUGUGGUAUUCCUGAAAGAGGGAGCUGCUCGUUUCAAUUACACCAGCCAAAUAGUUCACAGGUUUUGAUAACCUCAAGGGGGUUCCACUGUGUCCUUUCACAAAAGUUGUUGAUCUGCAACUUGAAAUCAAGGAUGAAAUUGAAUCUGAAGGUAAGAGAUUUGUCCCAUGUACUGUCGCUUUGCAUGUGUUUUGAUUUUUAGGGGAAGUACAUUGUCUAAUUACUGGUCCUGAGGUGUUUGCUGAUGGGACUUCUUACUUGUACAUGUAUGCCUCCUGACUUUGACCAUUGAUUUUCUACCCGUCUCCAAAAUACAUGUAAACUGAAUUUAAUUUCUUAAAUAUUUAGUCUCACUGUGAAGUAAUGAAACAAGUGUAAAAAUAAGCCUUUUGCGAGUUAACUUUGACCCAAAUCUGGUUCACCGAGUUCUUUAAAUUCACGUGAAUGUAACAACUUUAUUCUCCAUACUUACCACUGUUGCUAUACCUCGCGAUUCAGGGCAAGCUUUUGCUUAGUUACAUAAGAGACGCCUUGCAACGAUACACUGUUCGCAAUGGAUUAGAAGGGCACAAAGGAACCGGUCCAUUCCAGAGAUAGUGGUCGCUAUGCGAAAGCUUGCCCCGAAUC